AUGUCUAAAGGGAACAAACACAAACGGCCUUCAUUAUCGUCCAUCAACCUCCCCACUGCUAGUGACAGCGAUUCACCAGUAGCUGCAGAAGCCGAACCUCUAGAUGACUCUCAUAUUAUCUUUGAGACGUCGGAUAAGGUUGAUCGAUGGGCUAAAUAUGUUGGUGUUCAAAAAAUAACUAAAGAGAUUUCUAACACAAAAGCCGGUACAUCAUCUCUGGCUGGUGUACAACCUGGUGUACGGGCUACGGGCUGGUGGCCAUUCCUUGGGAACUAUAAUCUUGAAGGAGAAUUUCAAAGUCCUAUUUACUCCUCUGAUGAAGAGCCAUACUUGAUGAAAACAAAGACGAGCAGUUCACUAUUGUCACUGGCCACACUAUUUCUAAUGCACACUUCCUCGACAUGGCAAAAAGUGAAACUUAGCCUUGAAAUCCAGCAUAUGCAAGUUAUUAUGUCAAUGCUUUGGAGGCGUAGAGCUGCGAUUUAUGCUCAGGACAGAGUUGUAUUAAUUGACCCAUGGUUCACAACCUUGAUCUCUUCUACCUAUAAUGAUUUCAAAGGUUAUCCUGACCCAGCCACAUUCUCUUGGGGUAUUAACGUAAAGGUGUUUGUCUCUGAUAACUCCACUGGUAAGCAGUUCAAGACGGAGUUCCUGAAGAAUGUUGAUGUAGUAUAUAUAUCCCUAUGUUUUUGGCAAAUUCCCACUGGGUGGGUCUUGUCAUUAAUCUCUCUUUGA